AUGGUUCGUGUCACGGAAGAGCUGGCUCUGCCCGCCGAGCACCUCACCCUCUACCACGCCGCCGACCCCCUCCUCGGACACCUGCCCGUCCUCCUCUUCCACGGACCCUCCACCACCGCCAACUACACCCUCAACAGCUCCCGCGUCCAGAUUCACGUCUACAGCCCCGCCGGCUUCCAGUCCUUCCCGCGCCUCACCAUACAGCCCAACUCCCCCUUCUAUACCGUCGUCAACCACCUGCCGCGCGAAUGGCAGGGCGACGAGGUCUACCGCGGCCUCGCCUUCGGCCUCUUCAAGUACUUCCAGGAGCUGCCCGAGGUUGUCAAGAACCACCUGAAGAACACAUACCCGACUACGAGAGGCCGCCGCCCGGGGAGCGGCCCGGCCCUGUUUGGCGAGCAGCAUGCCGCCGACCUCGCCAAGAACAUGAUCAAGAGCGAGAACACCGCCGAGGUCCUCGAGACGCUGCACACGGCCCUUCAGACCCAGCACCUGAGCAAUGUGGACGUCGACUUCGUCCUGCCGCCCGGCUCCAUUGUGCCGCUGCAAACCGAGGACUUGGAGGAGGUGCCCGAGGACGAGGACGAGUUUCUGGACCCGACCCUGCGCCAGUAUGGGGGAUACACGCCAUUGGUGAAGCUGCUGGGGGAUCCCGUCUUCCUGCCGACGUCGAGGCUACGGAGAGCGCCGUCCAAGCCCACCUCGUUGAAUCGCGGCAAGUCCUUCUCCAAGGACCAGAAGGUGGAUCUGAGGAUGAAGCUCGGAGAGCUGGUCGAUACCGAAGAGAGAUAUGUGCUGAAGCUGAACGAGCUGGUGAAGCACAUCGCCGACGACUUCAGACAAUCCGCGAGACAACGCGACCCGAGCAGCCUGAGCCCUUCGGAGGAGGAGCUUGAGAAGCUGUUCCCCAGGUCAGCGGACAGGAUAUUGCAGGUCAAUUCGGCCUUCAUGGAAGAGCUGCGUGAGAUCAUGGACGAGACCGAGGAGGAGGCCGUCAAGGACAUGGAGGUGACGACCGUUGCGCUGACGGGCUCGAGGAUGGGAUCGCCGUCCAAGGCAAAGGACCCCAGCGGCGCAUUGGCAAUCGCCAGGGUCUUUCUCGAGUGGUUCCCCAAGUUUACCGACUGCUACCAGGACUACAUCCGCGCGAGCCAGCACUUCCCCACGCUUCUCAACUCCUUCCUGGACCAGCAGUCGAGCUUCCGCCAACGGGUCCUCCAGACAGGCGAGCAGACUGUCCGCUCAGUCCUCAUUGAGCCAGUUCAGCGUCUUCCGCGCUACAGCCUGCUCAUCGACCAGAUUGUCAGCUGUCUUCCCAUGACACACCCGGCGCUGCAGCCGAUGCUCAAAGCGCGCGACAUCAUUACCAACAUCUGCUCCAUGGACGAGCCCAUCCCCGAUAAGCCCCAAGUGACGAGCCGCCUGCGAAACAUGGUCGAGAGUUGGCCUCUCGAUCUUGAGCCUCAGGGACGACUCAUUCUCGCCGCUGACUUUGUCGAGCUUCCCGCUCCCUACCGCUUGCUGGAGCCUCCAGAGAUGGCGGAGCGUGCAGGCAUCUUCCUUCUGUUCUCCGAUUGUGUAGUCAUUGUCAAGAAGCUGGGCCCCAAGCCGAUGUCCGGCAAGGACCUCCUGCGCGAAAUCGACAAGCCCUCGGCGGCUGGGCUUCUCCUGUCAAUGACGAACGCCGCCAGUGGCCAGCCCUCCUACGAGCUCGCCUUCACUGGCUGGCAUGGCCUUGCCGACGUGCGCUUCACCGAGUCGACAGAUGGCAAGCUCAUCUGGAUGACCUCGACACAAGAAAUGAAGGGAGCGCAUGCCGGAGAGUGGGUCACAGGCACCGCCGUCACGUCGCGGUGCUUUCUGCUUGAGGAGACUUUUACACGAGCAUCAAAGUGGUCCGAAGAUAUCGUCAAGGCCCGCGUCGAGGGGCGGAUGCCGGAAAACAACCUCGGGAUCUUUGCUGCCGUCUUCCAAGAGGGCGCCGAUCAGCUCAUUGACGGUCGAAGGGAGCCUGCGCCGAUUCGCAUCGUCAUUGACCAUGACAAGGGCACGAAGGGGGCCCCGAUCGGCCACUACGGCGUUGAGAUUACGGUCAACGUCAAGUGUGGCGACAUGAAGAAGGUCAACAUGGUGACCGCUGGCUUGAACGGAAGACAAUUCUCGGACGAUGUGGCGUUGGAUGACUUUUUACCCACGCUCACUCGACGAAUCAUCCAACUACUCGGCAUGCAAUUCAGCGUAUCCAACAUGAGACUGGCGCCCCCGCUGGUUUCGUACUAUACCAAGGUUCUCAAGGGCCUCCCUCUCAUGACCAGGGCGGAGAAGACGAGAUCUUUCCUUGCUUCAUCGCCAGUCAAGGGGCUCUUCUCCAGCAUCUGGGGUGGCUCCACCAACGCGGAAACACACGGUUCGCCUAGGCACACCCGAACGCCCGUGACCAACGUCUUCCCACCGCCGGUUUCACGAGCAAACAGCGAGGCGGGCUCUGUCUAUGGCUCUGCCAAAGGCAGAGACGGCAUCAAGAUGGGUGGUGACGACCGCCCCGAGAACCCGCUUGUGCGAUUGGAGCAGACUUUUACUGGAUAUGUUGCCAGCCUGCAGGCCCGCAAGGGCAGCAUCGUCGGGAGGAUGCUGUUGAACCGGUCUGCGGCCGACGAGCUUCUGGUCAAUGACCUCUACAAUCGGCUGAUCGAGAGUCCCUUUGACCUCGACGCUUCCUCCGAGCUGGGCGCUGAUGUCAUCUUUGUCGCAUUCGAGAAGUUUAUCCGCAUCGCUUGGGGCGAGCAGAUGGGCCCGAUCAUGACGAAGCAGACCCUGGACACGCUGCUCGAACGGAUGAACCGACAAGUCCCCGGAAACUUUGCCGACUUUGUCAAUUUCAUCUUCAAAGAAAUGGCGCCGCAGAACCAGAGGGCGUUUACGGCUUUGAUCAAACUGCUCGCCGAUUUGCUCGACGGCUGCGGCAACGACGGUGAUAGGGGCAUUCUGACAGUGUCGUUCGCGGAGCUCCUUGUUUCGGAUGGCACGGCGCAAAAUUACAUCAACCUCCUGGACCGCCUAGUGGACGAUUGCGACAGGAUCUUCGAUGACGCUGGCUUUGGUGUCAACCUCACUGUUCAACAAGCGUUCGAGUCCAUGAACUCUCGCAGCGGCAAGUCGCACAGUGGCUCGCUGACAUCAAACACGUCGUCUAUCCGGCGCAAAUUCGGCUUCGACUCUCUGCUACGACAGAACAGCAAGAACGACUCGGAACGUCCGUCUGUCUGGCGCACGCUUAGCAAACACAGUCGUCACCCCGCCUCUGCAGAUGCUGCCGCCUCGAGUUCCAGUUUGUCCAAGAUGACAUCGUCACGGGCAAGGUCUAUCGACUCGGGAACACAGCCCGGGCCCAACAAGCUGAGGAGACCUGGUUCUCGAGACAGGCCGCCCAUCGCCGGCGCAUUCGACGAGGCCCCGAGACCGACCAGCUCCCAUCGACUCGACAUGCGCCUGGAGACCAUCGGCGAGCCCGACGUCGAGGCGGCGCCGGUCAAGUCUUCCAAGAAGAAGCGCCGAAGCUCGCUCUCUGAUCUGAGAAGCCUUAUGGAGGCAGCCACCAUCACUGACCCUCGGGAGAAGAUUGAGGAAGCCUUGAUGCCGCUGCGGAUCAACAAACAGACAUCAGAAAAGUUCAACUCGACACCGCGAGUACCGUCACCAUCUAGGAUUCCGAUAAGCCCGACAUCCCAUAGCCUGCGGUCCCCUCGCAUGGUCUCCCCUCGCCAAAAAGAGAACCCGAGUCUGCCAGAAAUGUUCUCGCCGCCCCCGCCCCCGCUUUCUGACCGCGAAAACACCCCCAGCCGUACGCCCAAGGGACAUGCUAGAGGCCUGUCUACAUCCAACAUCCCGACCCUGAGGCCCGCUCGCCCGGUUGGCACCCAGUCGUCCGACGCAGUCCCGCGGCCGUCCACGAGUCCCGGCAAGCCCCAGGCAUCACCCCAGAAGCUUCGGGAGCGGCUGCAGACGGAGAAGAAGGCAGUGGAGGAUGUCGACGCAUCGCUGAAGUCGGAGCUCUCCAAGAUUGCGGAGGAAAUGUCGAGGGUCAAUUCGGGACUCGGCACGCGCACCAACACGGUGGACCUCCGCAAGCUUACGGACUCGGUCAAGACGCUCGAAGAGCGGAUCCCGAGCAUGAUGGCGGAACUAACGGACCGUCAAUCCAUCAUCCAGCGGGACAUGGAGAGCACGCUCAAGGCGUCGGAGACCAAGGUCAAGAGCAUCGAUCAGCUGUACAGAGAGUCAACCGCGGAGAACGAGCUCAUGUACGAAAAGUUCAACAGCGAGCUCGGCAAGAUCGUCAAGGCGCUCAAGGGCAAGGGCAGAGAGGACAAGGAGGAGCUCAUCCGAAGCCUGCGGGAACACAGCGAGGAGACGGCGCGGGUCAAGAAGGAAAACGCGCGGUUGAAGAGGGAGCUCGUCAGUCUCCGGACGAUGAUGAAGGGUGCCGACGCGUGA